UUUUGACGUUUUCUUUGACAGUUGACGUUUCCUUGCAAGUUCCUCAACGUCAAUAUUUUCCGAUUUUCGCUAAAUUUUCAAAGAAAUUAAUAUUAAUUUCGCUUUCAUUUUAAACUAUGUAUAAUUGCUAAGUUUAAUCGCACAUUCCUUAGUUGGCAGCUCGAAUAUUAUUCGUUUAAGUGUUUGUAUGUGAUUAAGCUGUUAUUAUGUCUGAGAAGCUGACUCUGGGCCAGCGGGUGAUCGUAAUUGGCAAAGAUGUGAAGGGUUCGGUGGCUUACGUGGGGUAUCCUACGUUUGCUACGGGAAAAUGGAUUGGAGUGAUCCUGGACGAGCCGAAAGGGAAGAACAACGGGACCGUCCGUGGACACGCUUACUUUAGAUGCGAAGAAAACUAUGGAGUGUUUGUUCGUCAGACACAAAUCCAGAUGUUGGACGCGGAGGACAAUCCGAUGGAGACCUCCAUGACAACGUCCAUUGAGGAAACAAAGUCAACGACGUCUAACCGUAGGCUUAGCAGUAUUACUGUGGCCCAGAGGUCUAGACCUACCACGGUCCGUCGCAAGGCGUCGCCCGCGCAGACGAAAGCUGGCACUCUGUCGAUGUCAAGUUCACGCACGUCCCUGGCUAGCAGUCGCCAGUCGCUCACCAGUUACGCGUCGCCGACUACUGAACGCGCCGCGUCGCCGGACUUGGCUGCGAAGCGAGCUUCUUUUGUUGAGACUGGCUUCGUGGAGACCCUAACUCCUCAGUACACUCCAGGCCAAAGCAUCACAUCGCCGCAGCCGCAGCCGACUGCAGAAGAGAAGUUGGCGAAUCUGCAAGCUCAACAGGAGAUAACCAACCUAAAGUCCGAGGUAGAAGAUUUGAAAGAGAAGCUAGAGACGCUGAAAGUCCGUCGCGCGGAAGACCGCGAGAAACUACGCGAGUUAGAGCGAGUGAGGCUACAGUUGGAGCAGGCCAAUGAGUUCAAGACGAGGAUCAUGGAGUCGCAGGCGCAGUUGCAGCGAGAUUUGCAGAGAGCUAAGCAAGAGGUCCGCGAAGCGCAGGAAGCGUUAGAAGCACACAACGAAGAGACAGCGGAGCUACAAGAAGCGACAGAGAUGGCAGCACUGGACAAGGAGAUGGCCGAAGAGAGAGCGGAAGCGCUGCAGAUCGAGUUAGAGCAGUGCAGAGAGAAGCUGGAAGAAGCUACGCUUGAUCUGCAGCUGAUGAAGGCUGAGAUGGAGGCUGGAGGGAACAUACAGCACCCGUACGCAGCGGGCGACGCCGCCGCCACUGGAUACGAGAUGAGGCAGCUUCAGCAGCAGAAUGCAAGACUCAGAGACACCCUAGUGAGGCUGAGGGAUCUGUCGGCCCAUGAUAAGCACCACAUGCACAAGGUUAUGAAGGACGUGGAACAAUACAAAUCGGAGAUCGCAGAAUUGAGCAGGACCAAAGAAAAGCUCUCCAGCAGAGUGGAAGAGCUGGAGGCCAUCGUGGCAGACUUGAGGGAACAAGUGGACGCUGCUUUGGGAGCUGAGGAAAUGGUCGAACAGCUCGCUGAAAAGAAAAUGGGGCUGGAAGACCAGGUGGAACAACUAAAGCAAGACGUUUCCGAGCUGGAAGCGUUGCAAGAAGUCCACGAACAACUAGUGGAGUCUAAUAGGGAGCUAGAGAUGGACUUGCGUGAAGAGUUGGAGAUGGCCCACGCUGCUACCAGAGAGGCGGUGCGAGAAAGAGAGGCCGCACUAGAGACGAUCAUGGACCGCGACGCCACGAUCCUGAAGUUCAGAGAGCUGGUGCAGAAGAUGACUGAGCAGUACAACGAGAUCAGAACGCAGCUGGAGUCUAAGCAAGGAUCCCCAGCCCCCAGCGAGCAAGAAUCCACCCCCGAACCAACAGCCCGAAGCUCCCCGCCAGUGGAACUAGGCUCGCUAGUGCACCUGUCGCGCGCCUCCACGCGCUCCAUAGACCUGCAGUUGCGCGCGCUCGAGCUGGCCCAGGCCCGGGCCAGGGCGGACAUGCUCGCCGCCUGUCUGCCCGACCACUUCAUGGCGUGCGCUGGUGACCACGACGCCAUAUUGCUGAUCCUACUCCUGCAGAGAUUGAACACGAAGGCUGAAAUCAUACUGGGGCAGAUCAGAGAAAGGUUCCCAGCUGUGAACGUGUGGGAUAGGGAAGCGGUAACGAAGACCCAUACAGCUGUGCAAUACAGCUUCCGGUGUCAACUGGAGUAUCAGCUGUACAUGAUACAGUGCAUGGUCUGCAUGUGGACCGAAGCCCUAGACUCGUGCACGCCGGAACAACUGCUGCGAGCGGCCAGCGCGCUUCCAGACGCGGCGCAGCAGGAGAAAGCUUUGGACGCCGCCUGCCAGCUGCUCAAAUCUAACGAACUUGACGAAAACUGCUCGCUUGACGGUGUGGAGCGCUGCUGGGGCUACCUCUCAGCCAUGUGGUCGGCGCUCAACCUGUCUCCGCUAGAGGGAGCCGUUGUGUCUCGCGCGGCCGUCGCCCACGCCAGCUCCGCGCUAGACGCGUUAGCUAGGGCGCUGCAUGCUGAUGCUACUGCGCUUACUCAUGUUACACAGCAAUCGGAUCGCCAGUUAGAGCUGGGCCAGCUACACGAAGCCAUCAGCACAGCCAGCGCUACGCUGCAGCAGCAACUGAAGAGCGUGCGCCGCCGCUUGCCUCCUGGUCCCAAGCUGCGCGCCGUGCCGCUGGACCCACAGUUGGUGGAACGCCUCCGCGGCGAAUGCGCCAGCACCCUCUGGCGUUGCGUGCGCUGCGUCUGGCUCGCGGCCCGCGCGGCCUGCGCCUGCGCCGCCACCGCCGGCGAGCGCGGCGACCCCGCCCCCUUGCCGCAUGCGACGUUGGCUCAGCUGUGGGCGGCAGCCGUUGACAAGUUAUAUCAACAGGACGACCACGGGCCAGUGCGCACCAUAAAGCACGCGCUGUCAUCCGUGUCCGCUGACGUCACCAAGCUGGCCACCUUCGUCCAGGACAAGGAGUACGAUAUGAUGUCGCUCACCAACGCUGCUGUGGAGAAGCCGAUCCCGCCAGUGGUUCUGCGAGCACAACUAGUCAAGAAACAGCUGGACGAGACCAAGACGCUGACAAUCAAGCUGGAGAACAAGGAGGCUGAUAUCAAGGAGCUGAGGAAGGCUCUCAAGGCGAAGCAAGAAGAGCUAUCCGAGAUGCAGAUCCGGCGGGAACUAGGCGAGCGGAAGCUAACAGCUGCAGCGCGUGACGCGGAGCUCCGUGCGGAACAGUUGCAGCGUAGACUGGAAGACGCUCAGAAUCAGCUAAAGAGGAAAGAGAAAGAGUUCGAAGAAACAAUGGACCAUCUGCAACAAGACAUAGACUCUUUGGAGAGCGAACGUGGCGCCCUCCGCGACAAACUGAAACUCUACGCUAAGAGGGGCGGCUCGCAUCACGCGGUGGCGCCGCCUGUCGUCCGAGACUACGCACCGGUGCCGACGCCCGUAGCGACGCCAAAAGAAAUAAUACAGGAAACGCCAGUAAAGGUGGUGGCUGGUGCCGCGGCUGGAGAAGUCAAUGAGGCUCUGCAGCACCAGUUGAAGGUUCUCAGCUGGACAGUGGAGCGCGAGCGCGCCGCCCGCGUGGCAGCCUGCAGGAAGGCCGAGAGAGCCACCAUCCGAAGCCUGCGGCCGCUGGAGCACCCGACCGCCAAGCCGGCCCUGGCUAGGAGGCAGGCGGCCGCGCAGCUCGAGAGAGAGCUGGCCAAGUUGCAGACGGAGUGGACUCUCUUCGUGGCGCGGUCUGGCCUGGUCAAGUUCCCGGAAGAGCCUGGGAAAUACGCGCGCGCGUUACAACAGCACAAGGACAAGCAGAAGGAGAUCAGGAAGCAGCUAGAGGAUCGCCUCGUGGCGUUGCAAGCAGAGGUGCGCAGUCAAAUGCUUCUGCACCGGCCCUGGCGUUGCGUGGAGGCAGACUUCGCCGAAUUCCCUGCGAGAGAACUAGCGGCGGCUCUCACCGGCAAGUCGGUGGACGUCGGCACCAUACAUUACCCGGCGGCGGGAGACGCGCCCAGUGGAGACACCAUCUACGUCACGCCCACUCAGCUGGCCAGGUUACGCGACAUAGUAGCAGAACUGCAGUCGGACGACGUGAAGUUGGAACUACGGCCGCUAGACCACACAGUAUGCGCCGCGUAGAUAUUUCAACACUUUGAGAAACUAUGUCUUCUAACACACUAUGUGUAAAACAAAAGACACCUUAACAUACAGCCUAAUAAUAAUUAAAGUUGCAAUUCCCUUA